AUGGGCCGUGAUUUGUCAAAUCCGCGUGCGUUUAAGGUGGUCAAAAAGGGUCUCCCACCCCUCGUGCCUGUCCUCGCAAGCCAAGCAUUGAAAUUCUCCCCAAAUCCCCUAUCCCCUUUAUCACUCUCCGACCAAACAAUCCCUCUCUCUCUCUCCACAUAUAUACUACUUGACGGCUAUACGUGCACCCGAGCAAGGAUGUCAUCACGAGCCCGACCCAACCUGCUGGAUGUGGUCUCCUCUUUGUCCUCCGUCCCGGGGACACGGAACCAAUAUGCCGUGAAGAUUACACGGGACUGGUGUACCCAACACUCUGUCCUUGGGGGUUUUUCCACUGCGCUUAUGCUGGCCGCCGGUCAAAGGUUCCUUGACCAGGAACUUGGCGUAGGCCGGUAUCCUGACCCCGUUCAUGCGUUCGUCCAGUUUCUACACAUGGUUCACCCUGGCCCGUCAAUUAUUACAUGCACGCUUCUACGAGUGUCCAAGAAACAAUCCGUCCUACAAGUUGAACUAGCGCGUGCCUCUAAGCCGGGAGAGGACUCAGACUCCUAUCCAACUACUACUCUCGGUAUCUUCACAUACGGCGAUAUUAGCAAAGAAAAUGGCCUGUCACAGGAAACGCGGCCGGUCAUCACUCGGCCACCCCCCGACCGGCUCACUGAAUGCGUUACUAUCGACGACCCCGUCGUCAGCUCAACUCCUGUGACCGCGAAGAUGAACUGGGUCGCCCCACGAUCUCCACAGGGACUCUGGGGCCACCGCCUCGGCGGCCACAACCGCGAGGUCUGGCUGUCCUUCCGCGACGGCUCCAAACUAUCUGACGUGUUACAUCUGGCGUAUCUUUCAGACCUGCCACCAGCGACCCAUAUUCCGGAUUUCUACGCUAAAUAUGCGAUCUCCACCCUGUGUCUGUCGAUCGAGUUCAAAAGACGGCCCGACCCGUCCACCGACUGGGUCAUGGUCCGCUCCAACUCCAACAAGGUUUCCAAUGGCCGGUAUGAUGCUGCUUUGCAACUAUUAGAUGAGAGGGGCAAUCUUCUCGCCUUGAGCAAUCACGUUGUGUUUACCUCAGACUUGAAGCCCCGGCCGGCUCGGCUGUAA